CGUGAGCGUGAGGAGAAGGGGUGGGGGGUGCGAACAAAACGGCCGCCCACCAUACCAGUCCACCUGGCACACUGCACUUCAGCCCCUCAACUAAACAUUAAUUCGCAUCGCAACGCCCCAGGCUCGGAUUUUGCCUAGGCUCGUGUGUUCCCGAAUUUGCGUACAAACCCUUGUUGUAAUGGAAUUUUAACUAAACGGGCCUCUCGCGGCUACAGCUACCUGUAGUCAUAGCGCACGGCGCACUUGCGCACGCUGCCCUCGUCUCCUCGGCGAGUGCGGCGUACUGGUAAAAAAAGAGCACUCGGAGUAGCUUGGAUAGUGCUCCACAUCGCUCGCUCUCCCUUGCCGGAGACGGAGCCGGAACCCGAGGGGAGCGUCGGAUGCCAUGGGCAGCGGCGCGUCGCGGUUGCUCACCUCGUGCGCGUGCUCGCGGCCGGCGGCGGCGCCUGAGGACGAUGGGCCGUGCCUGGACGACGCGCUCGGCCACUCCUUCUGCUACGCUGCCAAUUCGUCCGCCGCCGCCCACUCUUCCUCCUUCCGCCACGCCAUCUCCGGCGCCGCUCUCUCCGCCAACUCCUCCGUGCCUAUCCCGAUCUACCACUCGUCAGCCGGCGGCGGCAUACCGCCGCAGUACUCCUCGGCGUUCCACACAUCCUCCUCGUUCUCCUCCGCGCCGCUGCAGCUCUCCAACCUUUCCUCGGGGCCGCUCUUCCUCUCCGGGCCCAUCGACCGCGGCGCCCAGCUCUCCGGCCCGCUCGACCAGGCCGUGCCCUUCUCCGGUCCGCUCCCCGCGAAGCCCACCAAGCCCGCUCCCUCGUCCGCACGGUCGUCGCGAGGCCUCUCGAAGAGGUUCCGGAAGCCCUCAUUCGGCAGCCUGCGGCGGAGCGUCUCGGAGAAGAACCGCCCGUGCGUGGUGCCGCUCCGCCGCGAAGACGGUGUGCAGUGGGCGCACGGCCGCGCCGGGGAGGACCGCGUCCACGUGGUGGUCUCUGAGGACCAGCGGUGGCUCUUCGUCGGCAUCUACGAUGGCUUCAACGGCCCCGAAGCCCCUGACUUCCUGGUCGCCAACCUCUACCGCUUCCUGCUGCGCGAGCUCCGCGGGAUCUUCUAUGAAGAGACCGACGCGGAGUCCAAGCGACUGUGGCAGUUCCUGGCGGACGGCGACGAUGAGGACACCGAGCUCGACUUCUCGGGCUCUGGCCGGUUCGCACUAUCGCUCGCCAGGCUCAAGGAGCGGCGGCAAUCCAUGUGGGCCCACGCGGCUGCUGUGGGCGACGAUGAAAGCGGCAGGGAGUGGGGCGCCAGGAGGCUGACGGCAGCGCCGGCGGUGAGGGACCACAGAGCGGUGCUGGGGGCGCUCACCCGGGCACUGGCGACUACAGAGGCGGCGUACCUGGACAUGACCAACCAAUCGAUGGGAUCCCACCCGGAGCUGGCGGUGACCGGAGCGUGCCUGCUCGUAGCGCUUUUGAGGGAUGACGACGUGUAUGUAAUGAACCUCGGGGACAGCCGCGCCAUUGUGGCGCAGCGGCGGGACAACGGCGAUGAUUGCGUGCUUAGAACCGUGUGGGUGGAGGACAUUGGUGUGGGCUUGGAGACUGAGACAAGGGCCCCUGGGUAUGCCGCUAUUGGGCCUGAGGCAUUGCAGUUGUCGACUGAUCAUAGCACUAGCAUUGAAGAGGAAGUGCAGAGGAUUAAACGUGAACACCCAGAUGACGAUCAUUGUAUUGUAAAUGACAGAGUUAAGGGUCGUCUAAAAGUUACCCGUGCGUUUGGUGCAGGGUAUCUCAAACAGGCAAAGUUGAAUGAAGGAUUGCUAGAGAUGUUCCGCAAUGAGUAUAUAGGUGAUACACCAUAUAUAUCAUGCACACCUUCUCUUUGCCAUCAUAAGCUCUCUGCAAGGGACCAAUUUCUGGUUCUUUCUUCUGAUGGCUUAUAUCAGUAUCUGAGCAAUGAGGAGGUAGUUCUACAUGUUGACAAUUUCAUGGAGAGGUUUCCAGAUGGUGAUCCUGCUCAGAGUUUAAUUGAGGAGCUACUCUCCCGUGCAGCAAAGAAAGCUGGUAUGGACUUCUUCGAGCUAUUAGAUAUACCUCAAGGGGAUCGAAGAAAAUACCAUGAUGAUGUCACCAUCAUGGUCAUUUCUCUCGAAGGGAGAAUCUGGAAAUCCUCUGGAACAUGUGUGUGAUUUUCAGCUGAUACACAGUCAGUGUCAGUAUUUAUUCUGAUGGAAUGUCCAGCUGAAAUGUUCUUCAGCCAGUCAGCGCUCCUGACCAAUUGCAUAUAUGCUUCCCAAGAGAGGGAAAUCCACAGCAUGGCAUACUGAUUAUGCAGGCCAUACAGUUGUCAAAACGGAAUUCUCUAGUUGGAGAUCAUCGCUGAUCCUGAUAUCAGCUUCAGCACAGUACAUGUCCAUGAGCUAACUCUGGGAUAUAUUAAAACCGCAGGGAAAUGUCAGCCAGGUGGGGAGAAAUUCCUUGGCAAAGCAGAGCUGAUUCCACUUAGUUUACCGCGGCAGCUUUGGUUGGUUACAUACUCACUGCUGACAACUUUUUCCACCUCGCUGUGCUGUCAUAAGAGGUUGGUGCUACUUUCAUCCUUGGAGAAAGAAGACCUUCAGGUACAUGAAGUUUUUCUCAUUCAUGUGAGGAAUGAACUUGUAUUAAUUUGGAAACUGGAACUGGUGGUGGCAAAGAAAUUGAUGAUUCACACCUCGUUUUGUCC